AUGGGACUCCAGACCUGGCCACCAAGCAAACCAUCACUGUCCUCUAUGGCUUGCCUUGAUGUGGAGACCCCUUCCAUCUGCAGGGGUAAAUUCAAAUCAGUCCUCCAGCUCUGUCUGCAGCAGAGGAGAACUCGGGAGCAGCUUGUGGAGCAGGGUAUCAUGCCUCCCCUGAAAACACCAGUUACUUUUCAUGAGAAGAUUCGCAACCUGGAGAGAGCCAGGACUGGAUCCUUCUUAAAGCACAAACUCUGCAGCAGGCCUGAGCGCUCUGAGCUGGUCCGUUUGCACAUCCUUAAGGAAACGCAGGCGGAGCCCUCCCUGCAGGCCACACAGAUGAAGCUGAAGAGAGCCAGGCUGGCUGAUGAUCUCAACGAGAGAAUCGCCCAGAGGCCUGGACCUAUGGAGCUGGUUGAGAAGAGAAUCCUGCCUGUUGACUCUGGUGUCAAAGACCCCUUACAUGGCAGUGAAGCAGACCGAUGUAAGACCCCGCACGCCUCCGAUGUUUACAACUUUGACGACAGCACUGAUGCAUUAUCACCGCAACAUCCGACCAGCCAUGAAUCUCUGCGCUCCCCUCUGGGCCCCCAACAGGAGUGUGGCGGGACUGAGGCCACCUACACCUGCCCUAGCUUGAACACUUCUUCACAGCACUCCUCAACGCUCAUCUCACAGUCUGCAUCAGACGGAGUCAACCUUGUUGCCACCAUCCAUCAGCAGAGCAACCAGCAGGCACAUCAACCCAACAGUUCUACAGUGCCCUGCGCUUCAUCUGGGCCAGUUCUUGUGAAGCAAAGUUUGGCGAAGUCGCCCGCCGACAAAAGCCGCAGCAAAAAAAGCAAAGAGCCCAAGCCUCGGGUGAAAAAACUGAAGUACCAUCAGUACAUUCCCCCCGACCAGAAACAAGACGUCAGUGAAGUUCCAAUGGACUCGUCUUACGCCCGUCUCCUGCAGCAGCAGCAGCAGUUCCUGCAGCUCCAGAUCAUCAGCCAGCAACAGCAGCAGUACAGCUACCAGACUGUCUUACCCAGUCCGCUCAAGUCAGGGACUGAGGUACAAACCAGCUGCUCAGCUGUUGUUCAAAAAGCAAACUCUCCGUCUGCCUCAGUGCAGCUCCACCACACUCAGACACAUCGCAAGACCGGUCACCUACCAGCCAAUCUGGAUGAGAUGAAGGUGGCUGAGCUGAAAAUGGAACUAAAACUCAGAUCUUUGCCUGUUUCUGGGACUAAGACAGAUUUAAUAGAGAGACUAAAGUUGUUUCAGGAGGGAGCUAAUUUCAAAAGCGUUGCUUCCAUGGAUACAGGAGCUUCACAGUCUGAAAACAUAAAGUUGAGCCCUCCUGUUUCAAUUAUAGCUUCCAAAGUGUCCAGUCUGGGGAUAGAAGACAAUAACAUAAUAGACUGUCCAUCAAAAUUAAUCUCAAAUGCUCCAAAUUAUGUUGCUCCAUGCAUCAGCCCCCCACACAGAGCAACACAUGAGGAGUGUCCCACAGAGACAAAGUCUUGUGAGAAGGACUCUGAAAGGGACAAGCGUUUGCAUGAGAAGGAGCAACAGAUUAAGGAGCUUAUGAGGAAACUGGAGCAGGAGCAGAAGCUGGUGGAGAAGCUGAAGAUGCAACUAGAGGUGGAGAAAAGAGGUCAGCAGGCCGACUCUCAUAAGCUAAAUCCCCUGGCUGCGACUCACAUUAAAGAGGAAAACAGGACCGUUUCGAACUGCUCAAUGUCGUGCAGCUCUCGUCAUCAUCCCGCAUUGGUCAAACAGGAAGACCCUACGGAUCAGAACCAUGUAAAAAGUCCAAAUCAGUUCAUCGUCAGUCAUCAGGCCAUCCCAUCGCCUGAAACCCUGCAGUCUGCCCAGCCUGGAGUACAGAUCCUUCUGCCCACAUCCCUUCCUGCCUCAGCAGUCACUGCGGAGCUGCCUGCCAAACGCAUCGAAUUGCACACGUCCGCUAGCAGCACAGCUCCAAGCCACAUCCAGACCUCUGGACAAGUGCCACAGAAAAUAGAGGUCUCAGCAGCAUUGCAGCAACAGUGCGGCACACAAACCCACAAAAUGACAAAGACAUGGGGUUCAGAUGCCAAGGCAGAAAGCUUACUGAACGCAUUCCCAGUGAGUGGAUGUGCCACAGAAGCCCCCCCUAAUCAAGCUGUCCCACAAGGGCCUGGACAAAAAUCUCCCUGUUCCAGCCAGGCCCCUCUGGUUCUGCAGCAGACUAAAUUUACGAGCCUGGUGACAAAGGAUAAAGACCCGCCCCGCUAUGAGGAUGCAGUUAAGCAGACACGUGGUGUGCUGGCAGCUCCACAGGGUCCUAAUGCAUCAAGCCAGCAAAUGGAUGACCUGUUUGAUGUGCUGAUUGAGAGUGGUGAGAUCCCGGCUUUCAUCAGGCAGGAUCCUCCCAGCCUGGACAAACCUCUCCCUGUGACAGCCAGCGUAACCACCCUUCCCAUCAGCACGGCGCUGUCCCGCCCGCCACCCUUGGUUCAGGUGGCCCAGCUGCCCGCCGCACCGGUCAACCCGGCCGACAGCCUGGCAGCACUGACCCCGGACAGCCAGCUGGAAACCCUCUUGGAGGGCGCGCUUGUUUCGGACUCGGAACCGCAGAAACUAAAAGGGAUGGAGGAGUUCAUUUCACCUGUGGUCACAAUGGAGGUGGACCUUGAUGAAAACACCCCACCCUCUGCUCUAAACAUACAAAACGCCCCGAUAGAAAAUAUGGACUGGCUGGAUCUGACCCUGUCCGUGCCAGCAGAAGGCGUUAACCAUUUGGACCUGUCAGUGCCAGUGGGCGUCUUCUCCUCUGACUUCCUGGACACUCAUGAACUUCAUUUAAACUGGGACUGA